AUCUUUUGAACAAGGAGUUAACAUGAACAACGAUGAAAGGAUUGUUUUCCUUCUGCUCAUGAUGUGGACUAUGUUUAUAUAUGAUGCUAAAACUUUAUCGUGCAAUUAUAGCUUCAACUUUAAAGAACAACUUAUGGCCCAUUGUGAUAACAGAGGUUUUAUAUCUGUACCUAGGAAUCUGAACAGAAACAUCCAAGUGUUAGAUCUCUCAAAUAAUUUGAUCACUGUCAUCGAAAACAACACAUUAAAAAACUAUACGAAAAUGGACAUUUUGAUUUUAAACAGUAACAAUAUAUCUGAGGUCCAUGAAUAUGGUUUUGAAGGCUUACUUUCUUUAAAAAUUCUGAGGAUGGAAAAUAAUGUUAUUAAUAUUUCUCAGCUUCCUUCAAGAGUGUUUCGUCCUCUUGACAAGUUGAUGGUUCUUGAAAUAGGCAGGAAUGAACAGCAAUCGGCUGUAAAUGGAUCGUUUGUUUAUCCUGACAAUGCGUUCUCUACCUUGAAAAGUUUACAAAAUUUAUCAAUGGACUUGUUUGACAGCCCUGAGUUCGGUGAUGGAUUUAAGUCCCUCCAAAAUCUAACCGUAUUAAAAUUUAGGAGGUGUUACUUGAGAUUCGGCAAAUUAUCAAAUGAAACUUUCAGAAAUUUUCCUACGAAACUAAGAGAGUUAUAUAUUACUCGUUGUCAUCAUUUCUUUCACAUAGACAAAGGAAUGCUUCAGUAUUUUCCUGAAUUGAAAAUUUUGGACCUGUCUCGUUCAUAUAUUCAUCUGUACCAGGCACUGAAUAUACUUUAUCCUUAUCAAAACAAAAACAUGUCUGUUAUCAAUUUUCACCAUAUAAGCGACAAAAGUAUCAAUAAUGACAAAUUUCCGUAUUCUAUAAUAAUUACAAAAGAACUAAUGAGAUAUAUAAGAUCUAUUUGCAUAGAGGCUUUAGAUUUGUCAGCAACAGGCAUCGUAGAUGAUGAGUUUUAUUCAUUGUUUUCAUUCCAGUACCCUAAGUGCUUCAAAACAUUUAUCAUAUCUGCUAACAGAUUGCCGUCUACAACUUUAGAACACUAUAUGCAAACAAUUGUUUUCAUAACAAAAGCUACGAAUCUUAAAACCUAUGAUAUGUCUUAUCUUCCUGGACAAUUUCUUCAACCGUUAUAUCUUGAUGUAUAUCAUCCCGAAAAGUUCAUUGAAAGUCAGGAAAAACAACAUAUUUUUCAGAAGUCUUUACAUAUAAUCGUUAACUUACCACCCUUACUUGAAUUUGUUCGCUUUACUCAUAUGACGGUAAUGUCUGCUUCUGUAUCAUUCACAUGCAAAAAUGCAUCGCUAAAAUAUUUUGAUGUUUCAUAUAGUGUUUUUGAACAGUAUCCAAAUGUGUCACAUGAAUGUGGAAAAGAACUUAGAUAUUUAGAUGUUUCCGGGUUAUCUUCAACAAUGAUGUUCAAGUCCAUUUCCUUACCGGAACUCAUUACAUUGAAAAUGACUCAUGCCAGCAUUGACAGAAGUAUAAUUGAAGGAAAGCAAUGGAUGCUAGGGCACGCACCUAAACUGAAAAGUAUAGAUUUGUCUUUCAAUAACCUAUGGACUUUGUUAGACACGAAAUUAUUUAACGAUAAGAAUAUAACGCACUUUAAUUUGUCCAAUAACCUUUUCAGGACAGUUCCUAGUAGUGUAUCUAAACUCCGUCACAUAGAAUCGUUAGAUCUGUCAAAUAAUUUGAUAACGUCUAUUGAUUAUACUAUACGAAAAUGGUUCGAUGAAAUUAUCGUGCCAAAUCAGAAUUUUAGUUUAAAUUUAGAUAACAAUGCUUUGAUUUGUUCAUGCGAUACUGUUGAGUUUCUGUUAUGGCUUACAAAAACAGAAGUAUCAUUUGUAAACGGAAACAAUUACACUUGUACAAUGUCAAACAAUUCGCAAGUCAAUCUUAUUGAAGUCACCAAAAAUAUCAAUAGGUAUUUUGCUGACUGUAAAGCUACCUUGUGGCUUAGGAUUGCAAUAGUAUUAGUUUCGUGUAGUUUUGGUGUUUCGAUACCACUUUCAAUUUUAUAUUAUUAUAGAUGGAAACUUAUUCUGUUUUCGUUUAGAAAAUUCAGACGAGCCGUCGAGAGAGGGUUACAUGUAAAUUAUGAAUACGACGUAUAUAUUUCCUACGAAGAAAGAAGCAUAUCAUGGAUAAAAAAUCAACUCCUCCCAAAAGCUGAAAAAGAAUGGGGACUGAAAACAUUCGUACAUGACCGUGACCUUAUUCCUGGAGAACUCACGUCAGAUUCUAAGGCACUUUCAAUUCAUAAAAGUAGACAUAUUAUUUUUAUUAUUACGGAACGUUUUGGUGAAUAUGAGUGGGGAAAAUUUGAAAUCGAAAGAGCCAAAUAUGAGAAAUACACACAAAAUCUUAUGAAAAUUAUAGUUAUUUUACAACAUGUGCACGUCAAUGAUAUCCCAGAACAACUCGUGGACAUAUCAAAUGAUGUUAUCUUUAUUAAUUGGUAUGAACAUGAAACUGAAAUUUCUGAAAAUCAGACUGCGUGGUUCAAACUAAAGACAUUGCUUUUUCUAAAUUAGAAAAAUGGAUUAAGAAAAAAUAUGAACAGUUUCAUAGAAAUCUGAUGAACUAUGUCAAAUACAUUUUAUUUACCCUUUAUAUAUGGUUAUCUUUCUUUAAUACAGUCGGUUAAAUUAGAUAUACACUGAAAUAAACAUUUCAUACGUUUUUUUGGAAGAGAGUUCAAUAAAAUGGGUACACUCAAAAUUCGAUUUGGAAUAUAUAAGUCGCCGUACUUUUUCGGAGUAAACAUGUGUUAAUCUAAGAAUUGAAUGCUUCUUUUUGUAAUUUUAUUGUGGCAAAAAAAAGUUGAUCGAAGCACAUUUUGUUCAUACUAAAAAUGUGCGUACGAUCAACAAUUUUACCACCCCGUAAAAUCACAAAAAAAGAAGCGUUCAAUUUUGAUUAGUACAUGUUUAUGCUACAACCGUGAAAUAACGAGUUAUAACACAUUUAUCGUUUGUUUUCCUAUGUAUUGUUGUGACAUGUCAGGGGAAGCACGUGCUGUCAGGAAUGUUAAAUUUAAUUAGGAAAUAAAAUCUAAUUUUGGAAUGCCUAUCGAUUGUUGUCAGCAAAUUAAAAGUACGGAUUCUUAUGAAACAUGCAUGUAAUGUAAUUAUACAUUUAUAAGAAAACAAAAUUAAGUGAAUGAAGCGAAAAAAUAUCAACAGGAGAUUUAUUUAUCAUAACUUUAGCAAAUGUUUCAGUCCGCUUCUUAAAUUUGUUUUUCAGAAAAAUACGGCACUUGUUCUUUUUCCCUUUUGUUGCUUUACAAAUUUACAUUUAACAUCUGAUUGAGCUGCAGGUUUUAUCUAAUGUUAAUAUCUUAAUGUGAUUAAAUUAAACAUAUUCAAACUUAUCUCUAAGUGCCAAAUACUAUUUUCGUUAAUUUAAAAAUAUCUCUAUAAUUUUGAAGUUUUUCUAUAGUGUAUAUUUAAGAAUAAGAAGACAUAUUUUAAGAUAUUUAAUAUUUAAGAGCAUACAAAUAAACUUUUUGAUUUGUCAGAAUUUUUGUACAUAUAAUACCAACAAAAACAAUGAUCAAAAUAAUCAAGAUGGCGGCGUCAACAGUUGCUAAGUUCAUUAAGGGGUAUCUAUCUUAAGCGUAAACAAUUGAACUUUUACCUUUAAAAACAAAUGAAUGAAACAGUGACAUAUUUUCAUGCCAAUGUUUUUUUAAUUUCUAAAUUUAUAAUCGGACAAUUUUAGCAAGGUAUGUUUUUAAUCAUGACAGUACCGAAGUACUACUGUGCGGAUGAUACCCUCCGGGACUGAUAGUCUACCAACAGCGAUAUCAACCCAGUGCUGUAGAAAAUGAAAAAAUAAAAACACUAUAAAUUUCCUUGGUCCGAGGCGCUUUUCUGGAUUUACCUUCAUCAGGAACGCUCAAAGCCGAAUAUUUGAAAGCCAAGGAUGUAUAAUAAGAACCGAUACAGUUAAAGAGCUGUAUGACCAAAAACAUAAAAAGAACUUGAAAUAAUAGUCGAAUCUAUCUAUGGUCAACUUUGCCUGAGGGAGUUAAAAAAUGUUUUUUUAAUUUCUAAAUUUAUACUCGGACAAUUUUAGAAAGGUAUGUUAUAAAUAAUUUCUGUACCGACGUACUGACUACUGAGCUGAUGAUACCCUCGUUGAUUGAUAGUCCACCAGCAGUGGUAUCGACCCAGUGAUGUUAAACAUUAGUUUAGUGAAAUAUGUAAUCUCUUUUAUAGUUAUCAAACGUAUGUUUGAAGUUUUGUCAAUAACAACAGCAAUGUCAUAUUAUGGCUAAACGUAUUUCGACUUCCUAAUAAGUCAAAAGAAAAUAACCGUGUAUUGUAUGUAAGUUUUAUUUUUAAAGAUACCGACAUCCUUGUUUUCUGAGUAAAACAAUAAAUAUCUUCAUACUGUUAA